CCUUCAGCAGGUUUUGAUGUAGAAAGGACGCUUCAGUUCAUUUAUAUUCCCAGGGGUGAAGAAGCAGCUACAUCUAAAGCUGUAACCAUGGUGUUAACAGACAGUCUAGCAGCAUAUUUAUCAGAGGUAACCCUAUCACAUCUGGCCCUAACCUCUGUUUUCCUUCUGGCCAUGAUCGCUGCCAUCGGCUGGCACAUCAGAGAUUCCUGCAAGGUUGGUGGUUUCAGUCAGAAACAUGUGCUCAUCACGGGCUGCGACAGCGGCUUUGGGAAUCUCCUGGCCAGACAGCUGGACCGAAAAGGUUUCCAAGUCACAGCCGCCUGUCUCACGGAGAAAGGUGCCGCAGAUUUGGCAGCGGCAACCUCCCCCAGACUUAACACCUUGCUGCUGGAUGUUACGGACAGCGCGAGCAUCAGCAAGGCGGUGGAGUCUGUGAGCAGAGAGGUCGGGGAGAGAGGUCUGUGGGGUCUGGUGAAUAACGCUGGCAGAUCGACACCCAUCGGCCCACCAGAAUGGAUGAAGUUAGAGGAUUUCACAAAGGUUUUGGAUGUGAAUCUCAUAGGAGUGAUUGAAGUAACCCUCCAGUUUCUGCCUCUCCUAAAGAAAGCCCGGGGCAGAGUGGUGAAUGUAGCCAGUAUUCUGGGCAGACUGUCUCUCACUGGUGGAGGAUACUGCCUGUCCAAAUGGGGAGUGGAAGCCUUUUCUGACAGCCUCAGGAGGGACAUGCAGCACUUUGGUAUCAAAGUGAGCAUUAUUGAGCCUGGUUUCUUCAAAACUAACGUCACCCGCAUAGAUCUUAUUGAUGCUGACCUGAGCAGACUGUGGUCCCGCCUCCCCCACGAUGUUAAAGACUCAUAUGGAGCUGCAUACUUCGAUGAGUAUGUGAAAGCUCAGAGCUUGUCCAUGGGAAUCUUGUGCAGUUCAGAUCUCUCCAAGGUGACCGGGUGCAUGGAGCACGCCCUGACUGCUCGCUUCCCACGCACACGUUACGCAGCAGGCUGGGAUGCAAAGCUUUUCUGGAUCCCGUUGUCCUAUCUCCCUUCAUUUGUCUCAGAUUAUGUAGUCAAUGUACUUCUCCCUGCUCCUAAAACAGACGUAUAGACAACAGACAGAUUUUACCAUCACUGUUAAACCCCUUACCAGGCCGCUCCAAAAAUCACCAAAAACACCUGAAAAAGCAUACCCAAAUUAAAUCAGCUGCUGUUCCUGAUCUCUUUGGAGUACAUGCAAAAGCUUGGUCUCUUUGUGAAGAAGACAACCUAUAUUU